AUGGAUUUGAACAGACAACGUGAUACGUACUUGCAAGCCAAAAUUAACAAUAGAUUGAAUGCAAGUACCGCAGAAUUGUUAAGACUUGUUCAGCCAAUGAAUUCAAACUAUUUGGAAACCAUAGAAAAAAUUACAAAGCCCUCCUGGGGCUUUCAUCUCUUUGAAAGGUUAAAGAUACAAGAUAAAAGAUCGAGGGCGAGUAGUGGUGCAUUGUUAAACCGCUGCACGUUGCUGUGCAUCCUGGCCGCGUAUCCGCGUGCGGGUGCUGAUCGCGCGCCUGUACAUCACCACGAACGUGUGCCGACCGUCGUGAACAUGUGCCGCGACAAUCGCCAUGUGCCGACUGCCAAGUGAGUAUGCCGACCGACGCGCGAGUGUGCCGACCGCGUAAUGGUAUUGCCCUGACCGUGUGUCACACAAAUGAUGAUCCACUACUAUCCCUCGUUUGACGGAAAUCAAAAAAUUUAACACCGAAAUUUAUUUUAAUCAAUAUUUAAUGAAUCUCUUGAUAAAUGUUCACGAAUUUCUGUUUGGUCUAAUAUUUCUAAUAUACAGUACCUAACGAAUACAAAUUUCGUAUAGUAUUUGAAAAAUAAAAUGUCUAUAACUCCACAAUAGCUUAAAGGUGUUGGAAAUUUUACCAUGUCUAGAAAAAGUAAAAAUAAAUAACCUUCUUAUAUUACCACGGAGAUAAAUUUUCUUUUAGAAAAUUAGCUAUGCUUGAUAUAUCGAAGCAAGAUUUCUGGUAGAAAAGUUUUCACAACAAUUCGAGGAGAAUUAGAGUAUUUUCGAUUAAAAUAGUCCGAGCGAGCAAUCUUGGGUCUCUAGGUGCACCCAAAAUGCAUUUGAUUUUUCCUUGUUUAGGUAAAAGGGGGAAAAACAAAUUGUAUACCUACUUAUUAUACCUCCAUAUAUUUUUACUACCUACUUCAAGCGGGCCGCUUACCAUUUUUAAAAUUAAUAUUAUCAAAAACGAUUUAAAUCAUAUUUGAAAGUUACUUAUAUAUCAUCUCCUUAUACUAUUCCAAAAUUUAAUUAAAAUAAAAUUUAAUUUAAUAUUAUUUGAACUUGAUCAUGGCUAAAUUGUUUAUUUAAAAUUAUACCUGUAAUAUUGUAUAACUGAAAGUAUAAGCAACGCUUACGUUGAUUAUACGAUUAUAUGCACUCCACGCCACUGAUCAUACAUUAUAAUCAUCGAGUAUCGACUCUACUCAUAUUAUAUAAUAAUUUCAACAAAUGGUUUUAAGUACAUCCGGGUCAAGUUAAUUUUAAUGAUACAUUUAAAAAUUAAUUUAAGUUAUUUCAUAUAAAAUUUAUUAAUUCGCAAAUAUUAAACUACCUCAGUGGUAGAUUAGUAAUGUCUAAAAUAAAGUCCAAAUAUAAUAUAUAAUAUGUAUAUAUUGUUUAUUUAUUUAUUUUUUUUUAUUAGCUUCAAAUAUUUAAGUUAUUACAUCUCGACAGUUAAUAAUACCUUGUCAUCAGNUUCUUUGAAAGAAGAAUUUCAAAAUGACCCAAACUUCUUUUCCAAGGUCAUUACAGGUGACGAAUCAUGGUGCUAUGGAUAUGAUCCUGAAACCAAGCAACAAUCGAGCCAAUGGAAGAUUCCAGCAUCGCCUCACCCUAAAAAAGCUCGUCUAGUGAGGUCAAACAUUAAGACAAUGCUCAUCUGUUUUUUUGAUGUGAGAGGAGUCAUCCAUUCGGAGUUUGUUCCGCCUGGCCAGACAGUUAACCAGGCAUUUUACCUAGAGGUGUUAAAAAGGUUACGCAAGAGUUUGAGGCGAAAAAGACCUGAUUUGUGGUAG